UUCUUUACCGCUCCCGUUUGGAACCUAUACCGAACUGCUCUGUCUUGCUUUCUUCCUCUUUCUGGGACGAGAAAAGAGUGAGAGGGAAUGGCUGCAAAGGCGGAGGAUGCGUCGACGGCGGAGGCGGUGGGGAAGGCGGUGAUGGUGGUGGGCAUCGACGAUAGCGAGCACAGUUUCUACGCCCUCCAGUGGACCCUUCUCCACUUCUUCUCCCCUGCCGUCCGUCCCAGCGGGUCCUAUAAGCUCGUGAUCGUCACCGCCAAGCCCACGCCGACCUCCGUCAUCAGCGUCGCCAGCCCUGGAGCGACCGAUGUGCUGCCGUUUGUGGAGUCAGAUCUGAGGAAGAUUUCGUCGCAGGUGAUCGAGAAAGCUAAGGAUAUCUGCGCCGCCCAUUCGGUGCUUGAUGUUGAAUACGAAGUGGUGGAAGGAGAUGCCAGAAACGUUCUGUGUGAGGCAGUGGACAAACACCAUGCUGAAAUGUUGGUUGUGGGAAGCCAUGGAUACGGAGCAAUUAAAAGGGCUGUGUUGGGAAGUGUGAGUGAUUACUGUGCUCAUCAUGCGCAUUGCACUGUGAUGAUAGUGAAGAAGCCUAAGCCAAAGCACUAAACUAAUACCGAUUGCCUGCCGUACAAAUUGAACGCUUAUUAGCCCAGCUUAUUAACCUUAUGUCAGAUAGCAUGUUAAGAUGUGGAUGAUAAGAAAGAACAACUAUUAUUAUCCACACAUCUUGAUUCUGGAAAUGUAAUAAGCACUAUCUUCAUAGUGCAGAUUCUUUCCUGUUGUCUGGAAAGACUAAAUGAUCAUUUUAUUGUCUGAAGUGUAAUAAGCACUAUCUUCAUAGCUUAAUGUUUCUAUUUUGCAAAAUAA